AUGGGCGUGGAAGAAUUAUCUCGUACCCAAAAGAACAAAGCUACUGAAUAUCAUAUUGGUUUAUUAAAGGGUAAAUUAGCAAGAUAUCGUCAACAAUUAUUAGAACCACCUCCAGGUUCUUCUUCAUCACCAGGUCAAGGUUUUGAAGUGCAAAAAUCAGGUGAUGCUAGAGUAGUAUUAAUUGGGUUCCCAUCUGUUGGUAAAUCAUCAUUUUUAUCAAAAGUUACCAAAACAAAAGCAGAAAUUGCACAUUAUGCUUUCACAACUUUAACUUCAGUUCCAGGUGUUUUGGAGUAUCAAGGUGCUGAAAUUCAAAUUGUGGAUUUACCAGGUAUUAUUAGUGGUGCUUCUGAAGGUAAAGGUCGUGGUCGUCAAGUUGUUGCAACUGCUAAAACAAGUGAUUUAAUUGUUAUGGUUUUAGAUGCUACAAAAUCUGCAGAACAAAGAGGUAUUUUAGAAAGAGAAUUAGAAGCUGUUGGUAUUAGAUUAAAUAAACCAAAACCAAAUAUUCAUUUCAAAACUAAAAGUUCUGGAGGUGUUAAAUUAAGUUUUACAACACCACCAAAAAAUCUUGAUGAAAAAAUUGUUCAAGGUAUUUUAAGAGAUUAUAGAAUUCAUAAUGCUGAUGUUCUUAUUAGAGAUGAAAAUGUUACAAUUGAAGAUUUCAUAGAUAUUAUUAAUGAUUCUCAUAGAAGUUAUAUUAAUUGUCUUUAUGUUUAUAAUAAGAUUGAUGCAGUUUCAUUAGAGGAAACUGAUAGAAUUGCUAGAGAACCAAACACGGUUGUUAUGAGUUGUGAGAUGGGACUUGGUGUUGAAGAUGUUGUUGAAGAAAUAUGGUAUCAAUUAGAUUUAUUAAAAGUUUAUACUAAAAGAAGAGGUAUUGCAGUGAAUUUUAGUGAUCCAUUAGUUGUUAGAAGUAAAAGUACAAUUGAAGAUAUUUGUAAUUCAAUUCAUAAAGAUUUUAAAGAUCAUUUUAAAUAUGCAUUAGUUUGGGGGUCUUCAACUAAACAUAAUCCACAAAAAUGUGGGUUAACACAUUUAGUUGAUGAUGAAGAUGUUGUUUCCAUUGUGGCAAAAUAA